CAUCAGCAAUAUUAUCUUUUGGGCUAUGACAUUUUCCGGCUUCCCGCUCUCCUAAGCCACCUCGCAAACUGAAGUUUAGAAUUAACGAUAUUUUUGUCGAGUUCGAACUGUUCGAAGACCGUGCUGUGACUAUUGACCAAUAGCUUUUAGACGACUAUUUUUUUUAUAAUACAUGCAAUAUUAAUACGUUUUAUGUGUGAGUAAUAACUGAGUAUAUAAUAAUAUUAUGUUCGUAUUGUGAUUCUUGUAUUUAACAUAAGAUUUUAAAUAUGAGGAUUUAAUCAAUUCACUCUCUACUGUCUUUCUAUAAUGAAGAUAUAUCGGUUUCUUCGGUCAUAUGGUUCCUGGUGUCAGAACACAAGGCAAGCCCACAGAAUGUAUAGCAAAGUUUUGGGCAUUGAGACUAGCUGCGACGAUACUGGAUGUGCAAUAGUAGACAGUGACAGAAAUAUCCUUGGUGAAUACUUACAAUCUCAACAGCAGAUCCACCUCGAUUUCGGGGGCAUAAUUCCGCCAGUGGCCAGGGAUUUGCACAAACAAAACAUUGAUAAUGUUGUAACCCAAGCGUUGCAGCGGGCACAAGUUAGUUUGAAUGACCUAGACGCCAUUGCUGUCACUGUUAAACCCGGUUUGCCUUUAUCACUAUUAGUUGGUAUGAACUAUGCAAAGGAGUUGAGUAAAAAAUCAUUGAAGCCUCUGAUACCGAUUCAUCACAUGGAAGCACAUGCCUUGACUGCAAGAUUAGUUGAUCAUAAUUUACAGUUACCAUUUCUAGUUUUACUGUUAUCUGGAGGACACUGUUUGUUGGCUAUCGUAAAAGAAGUAAAUGAAUUUCUGCUGCUGGGAGAAUCUAUUGAUGAUGCUCCUGGUGAAGCAUUGGACAAAGCAGCCAGGCGACUUCAGUUGAAGAAUAUGAAAGAGUUUAGAAAUUGUUGUGGAGGGCAAGCAAUUGAAAGAGCAGCAUUGAAAGGUGAUCCUAGGGCUAUUGAUUUGGGUACAUUCAUGACAAAUUACAAAGAUUGCAAUUUCAGUUACUCUGGCUUAAAGAAUGCUAUAAGAUCUCAAAUUCUAAAAUCCGAACAAAAGCAUGAAUUGAAAGGAGAUGAAAUUAUCCCAGAAGUUUUCGAUUUAUGUGCCAGCAUUCAAUAUGCUGUUACUAAACACAUCUGCACGCGAGUACAGAGGGCUAUUGAGUUUAUUAACCGAACACAACUAUUACCAGACACGAAUCGAACAUUGGUAGUUUCUGGUGGUGUAGCAAGCAAUAUGUUUAUUCGUAAAUAUUUGAAUCUUGUGUGUGAUGAGGAAAAUUUCAAACUUAUAGUUCCACCACCUAAACUUUGUACAGAUAAUGGAACAAUGAUAGCAUGGAAUGGCAUAGAAAAAUUUAAUGAACAUAUAGAUAUUUUCAGUCACCUUGAUUUAGAUAAAAUUGAUAUGCAGUCGAAAGCGCCACUAGGAAAAAACAUUUCACAACAAAUCACAAAUAUGGAAAUAAGAUGUCCUUCGGGAUUUUUCAAUAAAAUAUUUGAAGGACACAAAUAAAUAUUGUCAUCUUAU